UCAUUUGCUUUCAUUUCAUGACUCCCUCGUUCGGAGAAAGUUAAAUUGCAUGUUUAAUACGAAGCGAAAGUGGGAGUGCGAGAGUAAUGCCUGUUUCGUGUACAAGCAUAAGCGGAUCAUUUUCUUCUCCAGACUAUAAAUAUGGCACGGCUUGGAAUGCUUAAGGUUCAUGGAUUUAUGCGACUUUUUCGCACUCCAUGCCUCGAAAGAAAUCAGUUUCGCAAUCGUGAGCCAGUCUGACGCUGGGGAUCAGGUUGAGUGAGAUUAUUAUUCGGAAAUUAUAGAUUUGGGAGCAACUGGUAAAAAAUUAUGGAGGAUCCGUUGAUAGCGAAUUGUGAAAUUGGUGGGACGACGAUGGGGAGCGGAAAUAAAGGUGGUGACGAGGAAGGGGAUGAUGAAGAGGUCAAAAUUUCAGACGUGGAAGGCAGCAGCAGUACCAGCAAAAGUCGGGGUGGUGAAAGUUCCAGUAGUGGUGCCGUUGUUGGGAAUAAAAGUCCGAGUAAAAGCAGGGCGAGGAAUCAUGUCGUACAUCCUUUAUCGGGGGGUGCAAUAAAUUGUCUCCUCGCCGUGGACGGGAUGGUUCGAGCCACCGCGGAUUUAGGAACACCACGGAAAAUUUCCCUAGCCACGCCAGGAUUCAGUGUAAAUGUCGAUGGUGCUGAAAACGAAGCUGCGUUAUAUCUCCCCCUGCAAAAUACGAGACACUUAUUUAUCCGAGAGUAUAAAAAACCUCAAUAUUUGAACGGAAUUUUAGGGCCGACGGCGAUGCAAGCGACGAGAAGAUUUCAAAUUUUGAACAGCACGGGUGACUGCAUCUACUUUGCUGCCGAACGGUCCAGCUUUCUCAGUCGGAUUUUAUUCCUCAGGGGAAUUUUCCCCUACGACGUCAACGUCUUGUCGAUGAGUGGAGAAAAAAUUAUGGAAAUUCAGUGUCGCCCAUUCCUCAACAAUUGUAUGACGAUUAAAGAUUCGCGAGGUGAAUUGAUGGGCAAAAUUAGAAAAGAAAACAACUGGUGUAACCAAUCCUACUCGUUGCGGACGUGGGAUGGGACCGAAAUCUUGAACAUUUUGGGUCCGGAUGGGUCCAACUGUUGCCUGUUUGCGGAUUGCGGGGGUGACGAUUUCGAAGUUAAUCUCGGCAUUGGAACAACUCCCAUUGGGAAAAUUAGUGCCGAGUGGGAGUACGCCUUGGAAAACUUGUGUGGCGUUUUUGUCCCCAUGAAACUGGACGAAUUGACGAUGUCUCUCCUGCUCGGAGCUGUAUUUCUAAUUGAUUUCAACUUUUACCAACGACGCAGGGAUGCAUCGUGUUUCGGCCGGUGCUUCAUGACAUUCGCCCUCCUCGCCUUGUUUAUCCUUUUGCUCUUUCUUAUCGCAAAGAAGUAAAGAAAAACAAUCAACGGGACGACGAUGAAAGUACAAAAAGAGAUGGAAAUUUAUGUACAUAUUUAGAAAUUUGUGUUAGUUUCUAGAAGUUUCUACAUUUUAUUUGUAUUAUUUGUACUUAAUUUUGCCCCUUUUACAGCAUAAAUCUCAGUAAAGUGUGAGAUUCAAGUUUCUAGAAGUUUCCACAUUUUAUUUGUAUUUAUUUAUUUUUACUCCGGAAUGAUAACGCUGUAGAGCAAGUCUCCGUUGUCGUAAAAUAAGUAAAUACAUAUGGUCCACUCAUUAUCUCGACUGAUCUACGAUUUUUAUUAAUAAAAAUAUUUACGAAAUUCCAAUAUUAUUGAGUUUCUGUACGAGUAGAUGAAUAAAAAAAGAAA